AUGCCUCUUCUCAUAGGAGGUCCUCUUAUAAGCGGACUCAAAAGCGAGAAGAAACAUCAUAUGCAUUUCGAAAUGAGACGCUGUUUGGUUGCUUUGCUAUUCUUUAUGCCCUUGUUGGCUGUCGCUUCGACAAAUGAAACUCAAUUCGAAGAAAAAUGUACUGAAGAACAGGCUACCGCGGUUGAAUUGUGUGUUAAUGUGAGUAACUUUAUAAAUUUAAUUUCGUUUCAAAAUUUUAUUUAAUUUAUUUUUAUUCCAGUCGGUUCAAAAAGCUGCAAGAGGAGUUGUGAACAAUCUUCCAGCCACCAAAAGAGUCUGUGAAAUGGGUCACGAUUGUUUUGAGAAAAUCAAAUGUGCUGCAUCAACUCAUCAACGUAACACAUUGGUUGCUGGAUGUGAUUAUGAUAUCUUCCUUACAACUGUAUUCAGAGAUUGUCGAGAUAUGAUUAUGACUAAAUCCGAUUGUUUGUCAAAUUAUGGCAACUCAAGAAAUCACUGCGAAGCAUCACGCGAAUUGCUCAGAUGUGUUCUUCCACUUGUUAAAUCGGAAUGUGGAAGUGAUACUUUGGGCGAAAUAUUCAGAAAGGUAGCUAAACAUUUUGAGGAGAUAUAAUGUUGUAGUUUUAUAAAUUUUCAGAAAUUCGCGCUUCACAACAAUUUGUCCUUCGAUUGUGGAUUGUAA